UAAAAAAAAUCGGCAUUUAAACGUGACAAAAAAAACAGAAUCAGCCGCUCAGUGCGACUCUUGGCCAGCUGCUGCUAAGUUUCGAUUCCAACAAAGCGAACAGAAACGUGGAAAACGAAAGUAAAGCCGCAGCUGUGAGGGAGACGUUUCCUGCUCAGCUGAUUUUCUACAGCUCAGAAAACGCUUCAGCAGGCUGGUUCAGUGUGGAGGACUAGUCAGGUAGUUAAACUGAACUGUGAAGGAGAAGAAGCCUGCUCUGAUGUCUGCUAGGAUCUGUAGGAUAUUCUCCCUGUUGACUACCAGAGAUCUCUAUUUGGGAAUGAGAGGCCUCACCAACUACCACCUGUCCUGCUGUGUGAACACUUUGCUGCAGACCCUCUCUGCCACCUGGGAGAUACUAGACCUGCUGGAGAGGUGGGAAGCAGCUCGGAGAGACCGGAGACCGGAUAGUGGUAAUGUCCCCCAGGAGCUGAAGAGGGUUCUUUCAGCCAUGCGAGGAGACCUUCCUCAGCCGGCCCCACAUCGUGACUUCCUCCACUGUCUGGACAGAAACCGAAUCCCACUCGGUAUGCAGCACGACGCCGCCGAGGUCUUCCUCUCCAUUCUGAACUUGAUGCAGCAGCAGCUGGAUGACAACGUUCUGGCUCUUGAAAUCCAGAAUCUGUACAAGAUUUCGGUGGAGACGCACGUGCAGUGUUUGGACUGUGCCUCCGUCCAGACUCGAAGCAGCUACAUGCUCAGCCUGCCUCUGCACAUAAACGAAGAAACCAACUCUCUGGAGAGCUGCAUGACCUCCUUCUUUGAGCAUCAGGAGUUAAGAGGCAUAAAUCGCUGCUUUUGUGCACAAUGUGGAACGAAGACAACGUCCAAACAGGGUGUCAAACUCCUUUCCUUGCCUCGUAUCCUGUGUGUGCACCUGAAACGAUUCCGAAAUAUGCACGGUUCAACCCGAAAACUUGACUGCAGAGUUACUUUUCCGGAAACCUUUGACUUUGUGGAGAUUGUUCAAGAGGCGUUCUCCCCAAGCUUUGAGCAGAAUGAUGCAAAGUACACUUUGUACGCCGUGGUAGUACACUCUGGUUAUGCAGCAUUUGGACACUACACCGCCUACGUCCGUCACAGACUGAACAAGAGCUGGUACUAUGCAGACGACAGCCGCGUACAGCAGACCUCCUGGGAAGGCGUGAAAAACACUUAUGGAGGACGUUUCAGUGACACAGCAUACAUGUUGAUGUACAGAAGAGAUUCCAAAGAAGAAGGACGACAACCUGACUUUUCUGGCUGAGUGGACGGAUGUGAAUUAACCCUCCUGUUGUCUUCAUUAUGAUUUCCUUGUCUGAAAAAAACAAAAAAUUCAGCAAAAAAAUUCCCCAAAUGUCUGAAAAUUUGCAAAACCUUCAGGAAGAAAGAAGUUUCCCUUAAAAGUUUCAUUUUUAAAAAAAUUCCAAAUUUUGAAAGAAAAUUCUUGUGAAUAUUUUCAAAAAAAUGAGUAAAAAAAUCCUAAAAAUAUCUAAAGUGAUUACAGAUAUAUCAGUAAAACUUCUAGUAUUUUCUUUAAGAACAUUCACACAAAAAAAUCGCUGGAUUUUGGUUGAUUUUUUUGUGAAUGUUCUUAAGAAACAUUUUUCUUUUUCUUUUUUUUCCCACCAAAAAUGUUCAAAGAUUUCCCAAAAAUGUUGAAAAUGUGGAUGUCAGAAGUUUCACUGUUAAAUUAUAUUUUUUUUCCCCCAAUUUUGACCCACAGGACGACAUGAGGGUUAAUCAGGGAACACGGUGUAACAUAGGAAUGUGGAAACAUUUAUUUUCUUGGACUAUUUAUUGUAAAUCCUCCUGUUGUCUUCAUUUACGGGCAUCAAAAAAUAUAAUUUCCUUGUCUGAAAAAAACAAAAAAAAUUCAGCAAAAAAAUUCUCCAAAUGUCUGAAAAUUUGCAAAAAUCUUCAGGACGAAAGAAAUUUCCCUUAAAAGUUUUAUUUUAAAAAAAUCCCAAAUUUGGAAAGAAAAUUCUUGCAAAUAUUUCAAAAAAAAGAGCAAAAAUCUUCCAAAAAAUCCUAAAAAUAUAUAAAAUGAUGAUAGAUAUAUCAGUAAAACUUCUAAUAUUUUCUUUAAGAACAUUCACAAAAAAAUCAACCAAAAUCCAGCGAAUUUCACUGGAUAAUAAAAAAAAUAUAAUAAAACUGAUGUAUUUCUUUCGCAGUGGUGAUUUUUUUUAUGAAUGUUCUUGAGAAACAUUUUUCUUUUUCUUUUUUUCCACCAAAAAUGUUCAAAGAUUUCCAAAAAAUGUUGAAAAUGUGGACAUCAGAAUUUUCACUGUGAAAUUAUAUUUUUUUCCCCCAAUUUUGACCCACAGGACGACAUGGGAACACAAUGUAACAAAGGAAUGUGGAAACAUUUAUUUUCUUGAACUAUUUAUUGUAAAUUCUGAUUUUUUUUUUUUUUUUUUUUGGCGCACGGUGAAAGAUUUUGUUGUUGAUAUUUUUUCAUGGAGCUCAAACCAGCUGAGUAAUUUGUCCCGGGGACCAGUAGGUGGCGUUGAAGACUCAAACCAUGACGGUGUUUUCCACUCGGACCACACACGCUGCGAACCCACUGUGUGAUUCUGGGGGGUUGGUCUGAAGAGAACGCUUAGCUUCGAUAUUCGCAGUUUGGGGGAAAUACCUGCAGCAGGACUCAGCCUUCACUUUCCAGCCACUCAUGAAGAACAAUGAAGAGAUUUUUUUUUUCUCACGUGGGCUGACAAAAACAUCAAGUUUGAUCGUGUGAAUGAUAUUUUCCUACUGCUUGCAGGCCUUUUGUUUUUUACUAUUAAAAAAGUGAUGACUUUAA